AUGCAAAACGGAUACAAAAAGAAUCAUUGGUCACUAAAUAAGAAGUAUACGGAAUUGAAUGCUUUGGAGGACUAUGAUCUGAUUGAUGUCGAUGUUUGGAAUAAAACUUCGAAGGAAAGCAAAAGUUACACAGAAACAGUUCAUCCACACACAACAGUGCCUGCUUUACAAUAUGAUGACUUAACACUACUAGAAUCUGGAGCUAUCUGUAUGCAUUUGGCCGAAAAAUACCACAGCUUGAUGCCAACAGACUUAAGAGACCUAUACAAUAUUAUGUUUUAUGUGUGUGCUACAUUGGAUGAGGUGCAAGAAAAAUUGUUUGUUCAAUUUUUCUUCAAAGAGGCAAAUGGAACUGAGGACAAAAAUGAAAUUGAACAUGCAACACAAAAAUUUAAUGCCUGUGCUAAAUAUCUAGUUACACGUCUGCGUGGAAAGGAUUAUAUCUGUGGGGACAAAUUUUCAGUUGCAGACUGUGUAUUGGGUUAUAAUAUGUGGUGGGCAUCAGAAAUGAAAGAUGGGAUUCUAAUACAGAAGUACCCAGAAUUACUGUCCUACUUAGAAAGACUGAAAAGUCGCCCAGCAUUUCAACAGACAUGGAAGAGUUCUAAACCUGUGGUGUAA